CAGAAGUGAACGUGACCCUGUUAAUGGAGUAACACUGAUUCUGGAGACCAGAGUUUAGAGACAGUGGAAGAAAGUUCACAAUAAGAAAGAUCUUCCAGAUGUGAAGCUACUUAACUUAUGUAGAAAAAGAAGCUGUCAUCUGUAUUUGCUGCUAAGAGGACAUAUAGGUGUCCCAAUCCAUCCAUAUUGUCACAUAGAUUGCUGAAUGGAAUUGACAAUGAAUGACAGUUUCACCAAUAAUAGCAACUAUGACUACCACUACGAGGAUUAUCUUGACAAUGAUUCCCUUAGGGUCAUCGAUAAAGAGACUGAAAAUGAAUCUAGCACAACAUCUCUACAAAUUCUACCUUCUGUACUAUAUUCAUCAGUAUGUAUAUUAGGAAUCAUUGGAAAUGGCCUCGUGAUUGGAAUUAUUGCAUUCAAGAUGAAGAAAUCUGUCAACACCAUCUGGCUGUUUAAUCUGGCUCUAGCAGAUUUCAUGUUCUCCUUGUUCUUACCUCUCACUAUUGUCUAUACAGCAAUGGAUCAUCACUGGAUUUUUGGGCAAGCCAUGUGCAAGCUGAACUCAUUUAUUCUGUUCCUGAACAUGUUUACCAGCAUCCUUCUUUUAACCACCAUUAGUUUGGAUCGUUGUAUAAGUGUCAUCUUACCAGUUUGGUCUCAAAAUCAUCGUUCCACCAAACUUGCCAGUCUUUUUGCUUUGGUCGCAUGGGUUGUCGGAUUUAUCCUUAGCACUCCAUCUUUUAUCUUUCGAGACACUGCAUCGAGGGACACUAAAAUCAUAUGUUUUAACAACUAUAAAAUGUUUGGUCACUAUAGUAAAACAAAAAUACAUGUUGUGAUGGCCAUGGUCCGAUUUGCGUUUGGAUAUUUAAUCCCUCUCAUACUUAUUACUGUAAGUUACUCUAUAAUUGUAUUCAAGCUCAAAAAAAAUAGAAUGGCAAAGUCUGGAAAACCAUUUAAGAUCAUAUUUACCAUUAUUGUGGCAUUCUUCAUCUGCUGGUCACCAUAUCAUAUUCUGCACAUUUUAGAGCUAUAUCAUCAUAUUUUUCCAGACUCCUUGUUCAGGACUGGCAUGCCAAUUGUCACUGCUCUUGCUAGUGCCAAUAGCUGUAUAAAUCCCAUUUUGUAUGUUAUUAUGGGCCAAGAUUUUAGAAAGUUUAAGAUGAAAAUACUAUCAAGACUUGAUAAUGCAUUAAGUGAUGAUACUUUGCACACACGACUCAGCUUUAAAAGCGUCACACAUCGUUCUUCAGUGACUGAAAAAGAGUCAGUGAUAUAAUGCAUUUGGAGUCCAGCUGAAAACUGUAUUUUUGAAGUAAACGGAACAUAAAGUAUUUAAAGCCAGAGCAUGAAUUGGAUUUUUAUAUUUGUAUUAAAGGCUUUUACCAUGUUGGCUAGUGUCACACAACUAAAAAUAUCUGGAUAAGAUCUUUAAAGUGUACCUGUCAUUUGCAAAAAAAUGUUUUAUAGAAUGUAGAUAAAGAAGCAUGGGCAGGACAAGCAGGGCUCUGUGCACUGAGGACAAGCAGGGCGCUGUACACUGAGGACAAGUAGGGUUCUGUGCACUGAGGACAAGCAGGGCUCUGUACACUGAGGACAAGCAGGGCUCUGUACACUGUGGACAAGCAGGGCUCUGCACACUGAGGACAAGCAGGGCUCUGUACACUGAGGACAAGCAGGGCUCUGUACACUGAGGACAAGCAGGGCUCUGUACACUGAGGACAAGCAGGGCUCUGUACACCUAGGACAAGCAGGGCUCUUUACAUUGAGGACAAGCAGGGCUCUGUACACUUAGGAUAAGCAGGGCUCCGUACACUGAGGACAAACGGGGUUCUGUGCAGUGAGGACAAGCAGGGCCCUGUGCUCUGUGGACAAGCAGGGCUCUGUAUACUGAGGACAAGCAGGGCUCUGUGCACUGAGGACAAGCAGGGUUCUGUGCACUGACGACAAGCAGGGCUCUCUACACUGAGGACAAGAAGGACUCUGUACAGUGAGGACAAGCAGGGCUCUGUACACUGAGGACAGGCAGGGCUCUGUGCACUGAGGACAAGCAGGGCUCUGUGCACUGAGGACAAGCAGGGCUCUGUACACUGAGGACAAGCAUGGCUCUGUACUCUGAGGACAAGCAGGGCUCUGUAUACAAAGGACAAGCAGGGCUCUGCUCACAAAGCAGGAUGAUUGAAAAGCCAGGAGCCUGCACAGAGCUCUGCUUUUCCUGCCCUCAUCUCCUGUAUUUUGGCUCCAGGCAAUAUCUACAAGGGCAGCGUUUUUUCACCCCAAAAUAUAAUUUUUUUUUAACCAAUGUAUAUUGCAAAUAUGCAUAUAAUAGUAUUAUCUACAUUAUAUAAAACAUUUUUGCAAACGACAGAUACGCUUAUACAUGUAAAAUGUUGUAUAUAGAACUUUAAAAUAGAAUACACAGACCAAACCACUCAUGAUUCUUGACAAAACACAAUGAUAAAUAGAUAAAAAAGAAAGCCAAUACAGCUUAUUAGAGGCAUAAGAAUGUGGUUCCAUAGGCUUCUGCAGGCAGGUUAAUAAGUCCAGGUGCACGGACAAGCAACAAAAAACUGUCCAGGAAUGUUUGUUUUGUACCCAGCACUGUAAUGUAAAUAUCUAGUCUUUAUUUAAAGGGGUACUCUGGUGGAAACAUUUUUUUUUUUUAAUCAACUGGUGCCAGAAAGUUAAACAGAUUUGUAAAUGACUUCUACCCU